UGGAGCUACGAUCGAUCAAUCGGUCAAUCAAUCGAUCAACCAAUGCAGCCAGCCAGCCAAACGUUCCAGUUAGCAGACAGACAGACAGGCAGACAGCAAACCAAGAAUGUUUUACAAAAAGUCACACACACCUGCACAUCAACUCAACUGAACUCAAACUCCCAAAAAACGCCAUGCUGUGAGCAAAGACAAACAAAACAAAACAAAAGCCCAAAUUUUCAACACAAGAAUCGACUCGAAUCGACUCGACUGACUCGACAAGACAAAGGAAAAUGCACAGCGAAUGCAGGAAUAGGAGUGAAAGGAAACACCAGAGACAGCAGGCCCGCCAUUAAAAUGCAUGUAUAUACUGUACACGACAGGAAAAAAAGGGUUUCUAACACGAAGGUUUAUCUCUAA